AUGAUGAAUAAUGGUUUAUGUGGACAAACGACGCAUUUAUUACCACUGUUAACAAAAAUGAAAAGAAAUAUUUCAAAUAAUAAUGAAGAUAAUUUAACAUCCAUAUCUUUUGUUGGUACAAGAUCAUUAGUAUCAUCUCGUAAAAUACUUAAAUUUGGUGUUGAUACAAUUCUUGGCAAUGUUAAUACACAUUUAGAUAAUAAUUCUUCAUUUGAAAUAGGUAAUGAUUCAAAUGAUGAAUUAAGACAUAAAGUUGACAUUCAUGUUACAUCACCUAUUUCAACAAAUUCAUCUGUUUCUUCAAGUGAACCUUCUCUUGUUCAAUCUCCUGUAAUCAAACAACAAUUUUCAAUGUGUUCAAAUAGUAAUUCACUUCAUCCAUCAUCUCAAGAAAUUAAUAAUGAUCAUAUUUUACAACAGAUGAUUGCAGCCAGUCGAUCUCAUCAUUCUUCAUUACCACCUCAUCCUUUAUGGCGUCCAAAUCUUCGACCUUUUAUUGGUCAUUAUUUUGAAAAUAAUGGUUCACCUUCAAUUUUAAAUGGUUUAAUGCCAGGAAAUGGACUUUAUUUUCCAUCAUCAGCAUCAUUUUGGCCAAUAGAUCUUCGAGGUAAAACACAACCGCGAAUGUUAAGACGUGCAGUUUUUACUGAUCAACAACGUAAAGGUCUUGAAGUUGCUUUUUUAAAACAAAAAUAUAUUAGUAAACCUGAAAGAAAAAAAUUAGCACAACGUCUUAAUUUAAAAGAUUCACAGGUGAAAAUUUGGUUUCAAAAUCGUCGUAUGAAAUGGCGAAAUACAAAAGAACGUGAAUUACUAAUGUCAACAAAAUCAAUUAAUAAUAACAAUGAAUUAUCAAAUGAUUGUCAACAAAAAGACGAAUUUCUUGGUUCAUAUUGUUCUAAUUUAAUUGAUGAUGAUAAUAACGAAACAAAUAAUUCUGAUAUUGAAGAAAAUAAUCAAUUAAAUGAAGAAUAA